UGUGGGCAUCUUACCAUUAUCAGCAUUGUAUACAUUGACCGACAUCUCCAUACCCCCAUGUACUUUUUCCUCAGCAGCUUCUCUUUCUUAGAGAUAUGGUACACAUCCAAUAUUAUCCCCCAAAUGCUAGAAGGUUUCCUAACAAAAAACAAAUCUAUCACUUAUACUAGCUGUGUUGCCCAACUCUACUUUUUCAUUUCAUUUGGCACUGCUGAAUGUUUUAUUUUGGUAAUCAUGGCAUUUGAUCGCUAUUUAGCCAUAUGUAAUCCUCUACAAUAUCAAAAUAUCAUGAAUAACAAAAUUUGCCAUCGAAUGGUUGCAUGUUCUUGGAUCGGUGCAUUCUUAAUUAAUAUUCCACUGAUGGAAGUCUGUAAGCUUCCAUUUUGUGGACCAAAUGAGAUCAAUCAUUUCUUCUGUGAUGUAUCACCUUUACUGAAACUAUCUUGUGUAAAUGCAGAUGAAGCUGUUGUAGCUACAGACUACAGUGUCAUUGUUAGUUCAUUUUCUCUAAUUUUGGUUUCUUACAUCUUUAUAAUUGUCAGUGUUCUGAAAAUCCCCUCCACUACAGGCCGGCAAAAGGCUUUUUCUACUUGUGGCUCCCAUCUGGCUGUAGUUACUAUUUUCUAUGGCACACUGAUGUUCAUGUAUGUCUGUCCAACCUCAAAAACUUCCCAAAUGAUCUUCAAUAAGCUAGUAUCUGUGUUUUACACAGUAGUCACUCCCCUUCUGAAUCCUAUCAUUUACUGCCUGAGAAACAGAGAAGUCAAAGAUGCCUUAAGGAGAGCUAUUCUUAGGAAACAUGGACUUACAAUGAAACCAAGCUGUGUUAGAAAAGGAUUAAUUAAUUAUUUGGUCUUCAACACUAUCAUUUCUCAAAAUUUGGUCAACAAACUGAGCCUAUUAGAUUUUAAUGCUCCUUUAUGUAAUAGGACACUGGAUUUCCUUAUUGAUAGGCCCCAGUUUGUGCAAGUUGGUAGAAGAGUUUCCAAUUCCAUCUCCUUAAUGAUAGGUCUCCCACAAGGCUGUGUCUUGUGUCCACUACUGUUCACCUUGAUGACCCAUGACUGCUGUGCCAAAUCUGCUAUGAAUCAUAUUGUGAAGUAUGUGGAUGUCACGAUAGUGGUGGGUCUUAUGUGGGAUGACAAUGAAGAUGCUUAUAGGGAAUGA